CUUUUCUUUGCCUCCAGCUUCGAAAGGAAUUUUUCUCUUCCAGUAUUAAGAAUGCAUAUUGAGAAUUACAUAAAAUGUGCAAUUAUGUUUUGGCGUAAUGCUUCAUCUAACCAAUAGCAAGAGAACCUGGUACCUGAUUUUAGCGCCUCCGAUCGCGAGGCGGUGAGAUCAACAAAUCAAUUUAAUAUUUCCUUUUCUGUUGAUUACUGACUUGACCGGCUUUCUUACCCAACACGCCUUUUUUUACUUCAAGGCAUCUCUUCCCCUGGAAAUUAGACUUCCUAUCUCCUCAGUUGUCAAUAUGGCCUCACUUCACUCAGUCUACAUUGUCGCCGCUGUGAGAACUCCUGUUGGUUCUCUUCUGGGGUCUCUUUCCAGCUUGAGUGCCAUUCAACUCGGUGGAAUUGCUAUCAAAGCUGCCGUUGAGCGUGUGCCUGAGAUCAAGGCCGAGGAUGUCGAAGAGCUUUUCAUGGGCAAUGUCUUAUCUGCCAAUCUUGGUCAGAACCCUGCACGUCAAUGUGCCGUCGCUGGUGGCCUCCCGGAAUCUGUCGCAUGUACGACUGUUAACAAGGUGUGCGCGUCUGGCAUGAAGGCAAUCAUCCUUGGUGCCCAGACUAUCAUGACUGGCAAUGCCGACAUCGUUGUUGCUGGUGGCACUGAGUCCAUGACCAAUACUCCUCACUACAUCACCGGAAUGCGUAGCGGGAUCAAGUUCGGUGAUCAAACCAUGGUUGAUGGUGUCUUGAAGGACGGCUUGACCGAUGCAUAUGGCAAGAAGGAGCACAUGGGUAUGGCCGCAGAGGAGUGUUCGGAAGAUCACAGCAUUACCAGAGAACAACAAGACGAAUAUGCCAUCAGGUCUUACCAGAAGGCACAAAAGGCAACCGAGGCUGGGCUUUUCAAGACUGAAAUUGUGCCAGUUGAGAUCAGUGGUGGACGUGGCAAGCCUGCAAUCAAGAUUGAGAAGGACGAUGAGGUUAAGAAUCUGAAUAUCGAAAAGUUGAAGGCCAUGAGACCGGCAUUCAAGCCAAAUGGAGGCACUGUCACAGCUCCAAACGCUGCCCCUCUCAAUGAUGGUGCAUCGGCCUUGGUUCUUGUUUCGGAAACCAAGCUUAAGGAGCUUGGUAUCAAGCCUCUGGCGAAGAUUCUUGGCUGGGGAGAUGCCUCGAAAGCUCCAAGCAAGUUCACCACUGCUCCAGCUUUGGCUAUCCCAAAAGCUAUCAAGCAUGCCAAGAUCGAUGCUUCCCAAGUCUCCUUUUACGAAAUCAACGAGGCAUUCUCUGUUGUUGCUUUGGCCAACAUGAAGAUCCUCGGGUUAGAUGAAUCAAAGGUCAACAUCCACGGAGGUUCAGUUGCUAUUGGACAUCCUCUUGGUUGCUCUGGGGCCAGAAUCACCACUACCUUGAUCAAUGUGUUGAGAGAGCAGAAGGCGAAGAUUGGUGUUGCUGGUAUUUGCAAUGGAGGAGGUGGAGCAUCUGCCAUUGUCAUUGAAUCGUUGCAGUAAAUAAUCUACUCUUAAUAGACGUCACAUACCUAGGUAGAAGCACCUUAAUAAUUCAACGAGCCACAACAAGUACAGUACUUAGAUACAUUCUAACAAUCAUGUUUGGUCCUCG